GUUUUAAUAAUGAAUGGCAAGAUGACGUAACCAUUCGACCAUUACACUGCAUAUGUAACUUACGUUACUUCAUACUUCACUCAAAGCCGUAAAUGUCUACAGAAUCAAACGAUGGAUUUCGACGAAAUUUUACCACUUUUGGACGGUUAUGGGGUAUAUCAAAAGGUUAUAUUUUGGUUUGUCAUGGUACCGAGUCUUAUAGCCUCUGCAUUCGGUUAUUUUAAUUUUGUAUACGUAUCCGGUACUCCGGAUUACUGGUGCUUCGUUCCGGAGUUAUCGCAUCUACCUUUGGAUUUACAGAAAAAUUUAAGCUUGCCUUUAGAAACGUUGGAUGGAGUCGAAACUCAUAGCAAAUGUCAGAUGUAUGAUGUAAAUUAUACACAAUUACUACUAAAUCGUUCUUUCGUACCCAACGAAAACUGGCCCAAGGUAAAUUGUCAACACGGUUGGAGUUACGACCAUUCUGUCUUUCGUACCACUUUGAUAGAAAAGUUUAAUGUCGUGUGUGAUAAAGAUUGGAUGCCAACUGUAGCACUUUCGCUUUAUUAUGUUGGAGGAAUUGUUGGAAGUCUUUGGUUCGGUUACGUUGGAGAUAAAUGGGGUAGAAGAAUAGGCUUUAUUUCCAGCUGUACUUUUUACGCAGCAAUAAGUAUAAUAUCAUGUUUUCCUUCAAAUUACAUAGCAUAUAUUGUGUAUCGUUUCUUAAGUGGCAUGGCAUUUCCUGCAUUCUUCCAGUUACCGUUUGUAAUAGCUAUGGAAAUUAUAUCUGUGGAGAAACGAACAAGAGAUGGGAUGCUAAGUAGCGCAAGCUUUUCUGUUGGGUUAGUUAUAACUUCUGGAAUUGCAUACAGUUUGCAGGAAUGGUUUCCUAUAUCUCUAGCCACUUCGUUUCCUCUUCUUUUGCUCUUUAUCUAUUUUUUUUUUGUUCCAGAGUCUCCAAGAUGGUUAGUCAGUCAGGAUCGUUAUGAAGAAGCUGAAGAAAUUGUGCAGAAAAUAGCAAAGUAUAAUAAGAGAAAUAUCGGACCGAAUUUCUUGAAGACUCAUUUAUGUUACAAGAGCAAAAAGGUUAGAGAAUACGAAAUGGCUGAACCAUCGUAUUUAGAUCUUCUUAAAUAUCCUGUUAUGAGAAAAAACUUCAUUAUUCUCACUUUCGAUUGGGCCGUGAUGUGUUUUUGUUAUCCAGUAUUUUCAUUUGGAGUUUCUCUUCUCGAUAUCAACCUGUAUUUAGGAUGUGCUAUAUCCUCUGCUGUAGAGGUACCUGGCAUUGUAUUCUCUUGGAUAGUCAUGGAGAAAGUAGGUAGAAUGUGGUCUAUGUUUAUAACCUUGGGAGUUGGUGGAUUAUCUUGCCUUUGUAUCGCAUUUAUAAAUCAAGAUUACGUAUGGCUCAUCGUUACUUUAACAAAUAUUGGAAAAUUCUGUAUUGCUGGGGCAUGGGCCAUCGUUUACGUUUAUGGUUCGGAAUUGUUUCCUACUGUAUUACGAAAUUCCGCCCUCUCAGCUUCGUCACUGGUAGCAAGUGCUGCUAGCAUAGGUUCACCCUACCUUUUCAUGUUGUCAUCAAUAUCUCAUAUGUUGCCCUUAAUUGUUGUUGGAAUUAUCAGUUUCCUGUCGGCAAUAUUGACUUUGUGGCUACCAGAAACAAAAGGUAAACAUCUGCCACAAACCAUAGAAGAAAGUGAGAUGUUAACUAGUAACUUUUCUAAUAUAUUCAGCAAGAAAAAGGAGAAGUUGAAAAUUACCCCCGUUCAAACUGUCAAAACCAUCAGUUAUGGAACCACGCACAAUGAAUAAACCAAAGAAUUUUGUAAUCAUCCUUCCGUCCAACACCUAAAGCAAUAUGCAUACUUUUAAAAUAAAAAAAAAAAGUUAGUUUUUACUCAAGAGGAAAUUUAGUAAUUGCAGUCAUUAACUGUGAUAAAUCGUGAUGAUUUUUUUGAACUAACGGCACCUCUAUUAUAUAAAAUAAACUUUUCAUGUUCAUAAGUGUAAAUAUUUCCAUAAUAAAUAUUAUUUUUAAAGUAAAAGAAAUUUUACUGUAAAAAUAAAUUUAAAAAAAGGAAAUAAGCGAUAUGCUGAGAUUGUAUAUCUAUAUUAAAUUUAACAGAUAAUUUUAGCAAUGUAUAGUAACCAUAAAAUAUUGAAACACUAUAAAAGUAUAUAAAAAAUAAAACUUUUUUAAUAUUGUAAUCUUUCAAUAAUUUUACACAAAAUCAUUAAUAAAAUAAGAUCAGUUAUCAGUUAUUAGAUUAUUUCUAUCUGCAGAAGUUUGUCAUUCUUAGUCAGUUUAAGUGAAAUGCCCAUUCUUUUCAAUCAACGUAUCCUUAAAAAACUAUCUGUGUAAGCUUUAGCAUUAGAUUUAAACGUUAUAAGCAGAAAAACUGAUAGUGUGUUCAGAGCCUCUUUAGCUACCACUCGACAUCAUGAGUGACGAGGACCUGGGAGAGGAAGUAUUUACAGCAAUGGUGCUUGAUAUGUAAAUGAAUGGAUGAGGCGAACAAAUUAGAUAAUGGUUCAAUUGUCAAUGUUAUCGCGAGGGAUUUUGUGAGGAUGUGUGGCAUUGAAACAGAAGAAAUUGAUGAAAUUAGUGCCUUAAACGACACAUCUAUUGCUAAAUACUUAACAAUCCUGUAUCAAUCACGUAACUGAAUCAAAAAGCCUUGGAUUUUAUUUGGGGUCACACAUCAUGAUGACGCACUCCUUGGCAAUCAAGUGUUGUACGAAAUUACACCAAUCGAAACCUCAUAGCCUGGAAAUUCUAAACGAUGGACUCUAAAAUAAAAGUUUUUACAAUGCCCGACGUCAUAUCUUCAUUGUCUUCGAUAAAUA